GCGGCGACCGCACCUGCGGGCACCGCACCCGACGCCAUCCUGGAGGCUCUCGAGCGGCUGACCGACUAUUGCCUGGACCGCGACAUCAUCGCGCGCACGGCGAUCGGCAAGGAGGUCGGGGCGCUGAAGAAGCACGCGGACGCCGCCAUCGCCCAGAAGGCGGAAGCCCUCGUGGCCGAGUGGAAGAGCGACAUGGCCGUCCGGGAGAAGGUCGUCGAGGGCUUCAUGGAGAAGGGCUCCCUGAAGAAGCGGGACGCCAAGGAGCUGGAGGAGGGCCUGUUCAGCGCCGCCUGCCCCCUGGGGCUGCUGGCGGGCGAGGGUUACAGGUCUUACCAGAAGCACUACAAGCGGCUCUGCACCCACCUGCGCGACAGAGGCCCCGGCAGCCUCGUGGAGCGCCUGGGCACCCGGCUCGUGGAGCCCGCCCAGGCGGCGUGGUUGUCGGACGACGCGCUGCGAAGCCAGGAGAAGCAGCUGCAGCUGGUGCGGGCGCAGGCCGAGGGGCUGAAGAACGCGGUGGUGGGGGAGGAGGUCCAGGGCACCAUCUCGGAGGAGUAUGUAUGCCCGUCCUGCCAGUCCACGAAGACGGCUUACGUCGAGCUGCAGACUGGCUGGCACAGCGAUCACCAGGAUAUGACGAUUUUGGUGAGGUGCCUGGGCUGCGGUAACCGCUGGAAGGCGUCCGACGACCAUGGCCUCGGGGGGUCGUAG